AUGCCGAAAAGUCUCAAGAAAACCUCAAAGCAUAUCUCCAAGAAGAGAGGAGGAGAAGUCACAGCUUUACAUGAAAAUUCUCGGGAUUCUCGCAGCUUAAGAAGAGCAGGAGGACGAGAUGAUAAAUUGGAAAGAAUGGCAGCUGAGAGAAAGAGACAUAAUCGUCCUAUUUUGGAACGAGCUCUUUAUUUCCAAGAAGCCAUAAAGAAUAAUGGUGUGAAGCCACUCGAGCUCGAUGCGAUACAUAACCUCAUCAAAACUUUUGUUCACCAAAAUGAUGAAGAGCUUAAUGCUUUAAAGAAAGAGCGCCGUCCUGGUCGACCAGCGAGUACAAGAGAGGAUCUUCUGAAGAUUAAAAUAGCUGCGGAUGAGAAGGAAUAUGAAAAUGGAUUUUACCUCACCGAUUCAGAUAAUGUAAUGGCUUUCGCGUUGUGGGAGAACUCGACAUGGUCAUAUCUUAACACUUUGAAAUGGGUGCGCUUAUCGAGCAGUGGGCAUAUUCAGGAAACUAAAUUCCCACCUAAAGGAUCUUCAUGA